CGCUCGUUGCAAAAAUGCCAAAAGCGCUGUUGUACAAGAAUAUGACUCCGAGACAACGCGAGUUGUACGACAAAGUCAUGAAUGCGCCGAACGAACGCCUCUUUCUGUACGACAACCAGGUUGGCGUUGACGGAGCACUGGCCAUUGCGGAGGCGAUCAAAGUGAACACGUCAUUGACCGAGCUCAGCUUGGUCAAGAUUGAUCUUGGCGAUGCUGGAGCCCGUGCGAUCGCUGAAGCAAUCAGAGUGAACAGGACGCUGACAGAACUCAAUCUGUCUCGGAAUCAGAUCGGCCCCGUUGGCGCUCAAUCGCUUGCCGCGGCACUCAAAGUGAACAAGAAGGUGGAGGUACUUUUCCUGGCUGCGAAUCAGUUUGGCGAUGCUGGAUUGCAGGAGAUUGCUGAGAUGCUUUUCGUGAACAAGACGCUGGAAAUGAUCUAUCUGCAUGAGAAUCAAAUUGGCGAUGCUGGAGCGCCGGCAGUUGCCGAAGCACUCGAAGUGAACAAGACGCUGAAGGAACUCAAGCUGAGCGAGAAUCACAUUGGCGAUGCUGGAGCGCAAGCGUUUGGCGAGGCACUCAAAGUGAACUCGACCGUGACAAUCGAUCUAUCGAAUAACUGCAUUGGCAAGGCAGGUGCUCGAGCCAUGGCUGACGCACGCAAAGUCAAUCCUACGCGGCUGACACCACACAUGGGCAGCCAGAUCAACCCUCUGGCAUUCGCCUUGCUUCCACGAUUAGCAAGUGCUGAUGACAUUCAGGCCGUGUUCCACUUGCUGACCAGCAGGCAUGAGGUGGAAGCGACAGCUUACUCGGCGCCGCGUCGUGGAUCGACCGGGCGCGGUAAACCGCGCAAGCUGUCCGCACCAAAAGGUCCUACAACCCCACCCGAGCCCGCGGUCCUACCGGCGCUACCAGCCGAGAUUGCCGAGUGCAUUAUGCACGAAGCGUACUACUGGCCAGCCGUGCAGCACACCAAGCGAAUGCAGUUCAACGAAGAUGGCCCGGCGGAUGUUCUGCAAGUCACAGUGCCUGGAGACAGUGUUGGGGAUUCGGCCCGUCGUGUGAAAGCCAUUCAAGUGCUCCGUGGCUGGCGCCAUCCUCCCGCUGACACAAGUCCGCUCGUGUUUGAUUUGGUUGUCCGAGACGAGCGCGGUGCUGUUCGGUACGAGGGUGCUGCAAAGCCAGAGUUUCUCGAUUCGACCGUUCAGCGGGUGACGAUCGUGCCAGCGACUCAUCCAAUCAUGCGACAAAUGCGCGAUGGCUGGAAGGUUCAAGUUCGACGCAGCAAGGCUGUCAUUGGCGUGGUAUUUGAGCACUUGUAUCUUGGCUAUGUUUAAAUUUGUGGGCAUCUUUGCCAAUCGCCCUGCGUCUUUCGAAUCAAUUCAAAUGCUUCCAAUAAAUGGUCAGGGGAAAGCGUUUACGCCUCAACCUUUCAAUGC